AUGAGCAUCUUAAGUCUUCAGGCCUUACUCAGUGCAGUCUACUGCCUCUCAUCAGUAUUGGCGUUGACAAUCACGGAAGAUACAGUGGUCGACUCUCCAGUUAAUUUACAGAUUGGAAACCUUAAUAUCGAUGAAGGUGUCUCCUACAGUAUCCUAAAUAAUGCACUCACAGCUCUUGGAGGAAACUUGGAUAACAAGGGAACCUGGAAUGUGAGAUCCACCAAGGGAUUGGCUGCUUCUGUUAGCGUUGCAUCCGGUAGCAUUCUCAACUCCGGUGAUAUUGUCUUUGAUACCUUGCAGGCAAGCAUCAUCAGUAACUACAACUUGGAUUCUGUUGGAACUUUCUCGAACGAUGGAAACAUGUGGAUCGGUGUGAGUGCCUACUCUUUGGUGCCUCCUAUUAUUCUUGGAUCUGCAUUGGACUGGAGCAACAACGGUAGAAUCUACCUUAAGCAGGAGCACGGAGAUGCUUCACCCAUCACUAUUUCUCAGGUUCUUGGAACUAUCAAGAAUGAGGGUACCAUUUGUCUUGAGCGUACAAACUGGGUUCAAACCACUACUAUCAACGGCGGAGGCUGUGUCAGUGUUUUGGACAAUGCUCAUCUUCAGCUUGAAGUUACCCCAUGGGGUGUGUCUGACAAGCAGACCAUCUACCUUUCCAGUCCUUCAUCUGCAUUAUCUGUUCUCGGGUUAGAGCCUAGUCUUUUGGGCACCAAGACAUACAAUGUUGUUGGUUUUGGUGGCGGAAACGAAAUCAGACUGAGCACUGGAUUUUCAGACUGGUCAUACAAAGAUGGCGUCUUGACCCUUUCCUUCUUCUUCAACGUCUUCAAGGUUGACUUCAAUAUUGGCGAAGGGUACUCCGACUCGCAGUUCUCCACUAACGGUCCUGGCAAUACUGGUACAAGAAUCUCAUACAGUGGAGAACCAAACGGCGAUGUUCCAGACAAGUGUUUGUGUCAAGACUUCCCAGACGAGCCUUCCGGUUCAAGUGAGCUUCCAUCACAAACCUCUGAGCCAAACACCUCGACCACACCUGAGCCAGACACCACGGAAUCUACUACUGAGCCUGAUACUACCUCUGAGCCUGAAACGUCUACUACCAAUGGCGAACCAGAUCAACCUGACACCUCUGAUUCUGAAUUAAGCACUGAUAACACUGAGACUGGCGGUACCACAGGCAAUGGUGACAGCUCUACCACUGAAGGUCCUACUGAUGGCGGCAACACCACUGAAACUGGAAACACAACUGACCAUGGAAAUGCCAGUGAAACUGGAAACACCACCGAUAACGGAAACAACUCGGACACUGGAAACACCACUGAUGACGGUAACAAAACUGAAACUGGAAACACCACCGACGAUGGAAAUGCCAGUGAAACUGGAAACACCACCGAUAACGGAAACACCUCGGACACUGGAAACACCAGUGACAGCGGAAACACAAGCGAUAACGGUAACACUACAGAUGACGGUAACACCACUGAAACUGGAAACACCACUGAUGACGGUAACACCACCGAUAACGGAAACACCACUGAUGAUGGUAACACCACUGAAACUGGAAACACUACUGAUGACGGUAACACCACUGACGACGAUUGCGAGGCUACUGAUGAUGAUGGCAAGACUGACGACAAUGGAGAAACCACUGAUGACAAUGGAAAGACGACUGAUGACGGCAACAACGGUCCUACAACGUACACAACCUGUGAAGAAUGCUUAACCACCACAACUUCUCAAAAUGACGACAAUGACAAUGACAAUGACGACGACGAGGAAACCGAUUGUGACGAAGAACCAAUUGUGCCACCACGCACAACUACCUACGUUUCAGACAAGACCACCAUCACCGCCGUCGUUUGUGAGACAACCGUGGAAGGAAUCGUCACAGUCACCACCUCUAUUUGUCCUCCUGAAACUGAAGACCACCACGAAAAGCCUGCACCAACCGGUCCAGCUGAAACACAGCAACCUAGUGAAGAGAAACCUGCGCCAAAUGGUCCUACGGAAACUAAACAGCCUGGUGGAGAAAAGCCAGCACCCGCGCCCGAGAGACCUAACACUGAAGCAACAGAGACUAUCCAAACUACCGCCUACAUCUCGACCUACGAAGGUGGAGCCACUCUUCCCAGAUUUGGCGCUGAAUGGGUGCUUCCUCUCGCACUUCUUGCUGUGUUGUAA